AAGUGUACUGCGAGUAAAACAAAAUUAAUGAACAAUGUAGAAGGUGCAAGUGUUUCUGUGAACAAUUUGGCCGCUCUCUUCAGUAAGGAAGUAAAGAGGACUGAAUGCGAGACAAACAUACAGUAAGAAAGAAAGAAAAGUAAAGCAAGAUAGCCAAAAAUAAAACAGACAUUUAGACACAGAAGCAAAGAAAGUGGAAUACGGGGACAGAAAGAAACCCAAAGGAGACAGUCAAAAAAGAAGGAAAUAAAAUAAAUGCUGGACUGGAAAGUGAUCAGUGACCCCUAAAAUAUAAUGAAGUAGGUUAUCACAGAAAACGUGCAGGACUGCUGUGGGGCCUGUCAAGCCCCGCCCCCCCCCCCCCCUACACACACACACACACACACACACACACACACACAGUCAGUCAGCCAUGCUUCGUGCUGUGCUCCUGGCGGUAGUGCAGGCGCUGUGGCCACUCCUGCAGGUGUUACGAUGGGUGUGGGACGCCUGUGUGAGCCUUCUCUUCGUCUUGGUGGCGGGGUGGCGGCGCAAGAUAAUCCUACCGCCCGUUUUCAACCCCGUGCUGAUGCGCUCCGCCGCCCAACUGGCUCAUGAUAUACGCGAGAGGAAACUGACAUGUGUAGAGGUGGUUCGGUGCUACGUGACUCGAAUCAGCAACGUGAACCCGAUCCUGAACGCCCUGGCCCAAGAAGACUUCCAGGCUGCCCUAAUGCUGGCCCGGCAGGUGGACGAGAGGCUGGAUCAGGGUUACCGAAGCGGCAGCUUCACCACGGAUUGGGUGAAGCAGCAGCAGCCACUUCUUGGAGUGCCCUUCACUGUCAAGGAGUCCAUAGCAGUGGCCGGUAUGCCUCACACUGGCGGCUUGCUGGCCCGGGAAGGGAUGCUUGCCUACAGGGACGCCACGGUGGUGUCAAACAUGAAGAGAGCAGGCGCCAUUCUACUGGGCACCACCAACAUAUCCGAGCUGGGCAUGUGGUGGGACAGUGACAACCCCGUGUACGGCCGGACCAGCAACCCCUAUGACACACGCAGGUCACCAGGCGGCUCAUCGGGCGGGGAGGUAUCAAACUCCAGUCAACGUUGGCACAAUUAA